UUCUUAGGAUGAGUUUUUUAGCGGAAUAUAAAAACCGGUCUCUUAACUUUUAACUAAAAAAACUAAGAACCGGUUCUUUAAUAAAGAACCCCACUCAUUAAACAUGCUCUAAACAGUUACCUGAUGAGAGACAAGUUCAUAUUGGCUUGAAACAUCCAUUGUUGAAACAUCCCACCAGCACCGCCACAGUCUGGAUCAUCUACAGGUAUUAGUGGAACCUGUUUGAUUCAAAGGUUUGUUAUUGAAGAACCAUUAACACAUUUUUUUUCUUGUCUUCACUUGCGAGUUGCGUGUGAUUGUAGAUAAAGAUAUUGUUAGAGAUAUACAUAUAAACAAACACCUUUUCUAGUGCUCUAAAAUUAUAAUCCUAAUCGCCUUUUCUAUUGCUCAAAAAUUAUAAUCUCCAUCCAAAACUAGUUUUAACCAAAAGUAAGUGGCUACAAAAGAUUCACUCCUAUCUUGAGAGGUUGAUUGUCCGUGAAUAGUGGCUACAAUAGAUUCAGUCAUCAUCGUGAAUAUAGCUGGUUUUUGUCGUUUGGUGUUGACUGAGAAUAAUCAACUCUUAUAAUAGGUCUUCAGCUGAGUUCUAACUAAAACACAUUCGCAUAUUUUCUUUUAUACAGAUCAGUCGGAAGAAAAUCGAUAUCCAAGAGAAGAUUUAUGGCUGAGACACUUUUGUCGUUUGGAGUUGAGAGGCUUUGGAACCUCCUUGUCCGAGAAUCUGAGCGAUUUCAGGGAUUCAAUGAGCAACUCAAUGUACUAAAAAAUGAUAUGAAAAUGUUAAGGUGUUUUCUGGAAGAUGCAUAUGCCAAGAAACAUACAAGUGCCAUGAUGGAAAACAUUAUCGAAGAUAUCAAAGAAAUUGUUUUGGAUGCGGAAGAUAUGGUCGAAGCCUUUCUUCUAAAAGAAGAACUCAAAAAUACACGGGGUAUCAAGAACAGCGCAAGGAAGUUUUCUUGCAGUAUUUUUGAACACAGGGGACUUGCUUUCAGUAUGGAAGCCAUAAGUAAGAGGAUCUCUAAGGUGAUUCGUGAUAUGAUGUGUCAUGGGGUACAACAGGUAAACGUUGCCAAUGAAGGGUAUUACUUACUUCUCGUAAUGAAGGAGUGGCACUACAUGCAGAUAGACAAUGUGUUACAUUCAAACCAAAAUGCCUAACUUUUGAAGAAAGUUGGGAUCUUUUUCAAAGGAUAGCAUUUCCAAUGAAAGACACAUCUGAAUUCAAGAUUGAUGAAGAAAUGAAAGAGAUGGGAAAACAGAUGAUCAAACAUUGUGGAGGUCUACCCUUGGCUUUAAAAGUGUUAGGAGGUUUGUUAGCUGCACAAUACACAUUGUGUGAGUGGAAAAAGAUAUAUGAGAAUAUUGGAUCUUAUAUCCUCGGAGGGACUAGCUUUAAUGAAAGAAAUGUUGUUUACCAUGUUUUGUAUCUGAGCUUUGAAGAGCUGCCUGCUUAUUUGAAGCAUUGCUUCCUCUACUUAGCCCAUUUUCCAGAAGAUUAUAAAAUAGAUGUGGAGGAUUUGUCAUAUUAUUGGGCUGCAGAAGGAAUACAAAGGCCAAGGUAUUACGCUGGAGCGAGCAUUCGAGAGGUUGCAGAUGGAUACAUAGAAGAAUUAGUGAAAAGAAACAUGGUUAUUUCUAAAAGAGACGUUGAAACUUCAAGAUUUAAAACAUGUCAGUUGCAUGACAUGAUGAGAGAAGUUUGUUUACUCAAAGCUGAAGAAGAGAAUUUUGUAGAAAUUAUUCAAGGCACAUCAACUGAAAACUCCAAAUCUUCUUGUAAAUCUCGCAGACUUGUUGUACACAAGCCUGAUGAAACAUUUAAUGUGGAUACGGAGGUGAAGAAUCCAAGCCUUAGAACUCUCUUGUUUAUCAAGUGCAGAGGAUGGAGGGGAACAAGUUUAUUCUUUACAAGGCAUAAACUGAUGAGAGUGUUAGAUCUCUCCCGGGUGAAGUUUGAAGGAUGGAAAGUACCCUCUAGCAUCGGGAAGCUCAUCCACUUGAGAUAUUUGAGUUUAUUUUGUGCAAGUGUAAAUCGUCUACCUUCUUCUAUGCGGAAUAUGAAACAGCUGCUUUAUUUAAACCUAGAAGUACAUUCAAAUAGAGUUUACAUGCCCAAUAUCUUGAAAGAGAUGCGAGAAUUGGUAUACCUCCAUUUUCCGUUGGAAAUAAAGAAUAAGGUAAAGAUGGAAUUGGGUAAUCUGGUCAAGCUGGAGACAUUGGAGAAUUUCUCAACAGAGCAUGGGAGUGUGGAUGACCUCCGAGGUAUGACACGGCUCAAAACUCUUUCUAUCUAUAUCAGAGGUAAAAAAUGUAACAUGGAAACUCUAUCUUCAUCUCUAAGUAAACUUCCACACUUGGAGAAUCUUACAAUAGAUAAGAGGAAAUGGUAUGCUCUCCCGAAUGAUGAUAAAGAAGAAGGAUUUUUUUUGGAUUGCAUUCAUCUCAAAAAGCUGAAGCUGUAUAUCUAUAUGCCAAAGUUUCCUGAUGAGCAACAGUUUCCUUUUCACCUUACAACCAUUUCUCUAACUGAGUGUUGUUUGAAAGAGGAUCCAAUGCCAGUUCUAGAGAAGUUGCUUCACUUGAAAGAGGUUAGUUUACUGUAUCGAUCUUUCCGUGGGAGGAGAAUGGUGUGCUCGAGGGGUGGGUUUCCUCAGUUACAGAUGCUAAGAAUAAGGAAACUAGAGGAGCUGGAAGAUUGGAUAGUAGAAGAAGGCUCCAUGCCAUUUCUCUAUACUCUCGAGAUAGAUGCUUGCAAGAAACUAAAGGAGAUUCCUGAAGGGCUGCGAUUCAUCACUUCCUUGGAGGAUCUGAGUGUUACAUAUAUGGGAGAGCAAUGGGGGAAGAGACUGUUGGAAGAAGGAGAAGAUUAUCACAAAAUCCAACACAUCCCUUCUGUUGAAUUCUAUUAGUAAACUUUUUUUUUGGCAAAGGUGAAUCAGUAGUCAGCAGCUGAAGGAGGCUCUCAGCAAUUACGAACUAUCAGGUAAAAUAUGAUCCCCCAAAUCUAUAGUAUUAUUUAAGAUGAAGUUCUUGGGUGGAAUGAUUUAAGAAGUAAUGUGUCCAAUCCAUCGGUUUCAAGGAGAGAAAAACUUCUCGUUCUUGAUCUGAAUGGGUUGCUUGCAGAUAUAGUUUCUCCUCUUGCAGAUUGUAAAGCUGAUAACAUUGGAAGAAGAGCAAUUUCAACCUCAUGUUCAUGUAUCCUGCCAAAACUGG